AUGGGUGCUCUUAUUCGCUUCGCUUUCGUCCUCGCCCUACCCUUCGUGUGUCUCUCCUCCCUCCACGUGGCGGUCUCGCCGCAAAAGCUGGACCUUCUCAUUGCCACCAAGAUCGACGCGAGUUCCGUUCGCGCUUCCCGCAAACUGUUGGAAUAUGAGCCUGCGGCGGUUGCUGAUUCUGCAGAUUCAGUGAACCUUAAUGUGGGCAUCUCUGCCAGCGGCGGCGGGGAGGAGGAGGAAGUCUGGGCCACCAUGGAUGAUGGUGUGGAUGAGUCAGGGAGGGAGCUGCUGAGCUGGAAUGAGUUCACGGACAAGCUCAAGAACGCCAGAGGCAAUUUUGCGAAUGAUGUCAAGAAUGGCUUCAAAACCGCCAAAAACAACAUCACGAAUGGUGUCAGCAAGGCGGUCGACUCCGUAAAAAAGGUCGACACCGCCAAGCUCGCGGCGGAUGCUGGGCGGACAGCAGAGUCCGUGGGCGGUAGGGUGUUGAGUUGUCUGCAGAGGCAAUUUCUUAGGCGCCUCGGGAAUCUGGGCGCAUGA